AUGGCUAAGAAACGUACAGAGUCUUUGAAGCAGGCUCUGUCUAUUCCGACAACAAACAAACCUAUUACGGAAGACAAUUCUGGUUCGCUACUGAGUUACAAGAACAGCGGAGUUUCACUACUCUCGCUGACACAGUCUCGACAAGCCUGGACGACAUCAGCUUUUCGUAGAUUUUCGCAUAAGCAAGAAAUAGAGUUUAAACCGAAGCUUCCGGACAAAACAAAUCCUAAUCCACAACUCACCAUACUUGGGAAAUGCACAAUUAACAUUGGGCCACACACAUUUCGAGACACUCGUUUGAUAGAGGUCGUAUAUGAGAAAAUUCGAGAUCCUGUUGAACAAGGCACAUCCGGCACGACACAGUUACCCACACAAACGCAAAAUCAACCAGAGCAUAAGCCAUCACAACCACCUCUGCCCAUUGCCAUAAGGCCACAUAUGAGAGUACAGCCACAGACCCCAACACCCAUUGCACCACAAGCAAGUGGGAAACCACUUAUUACUACUUUACAACGAAUAAGACCAAUAGCCGCAUCGCCUGCGACUACCACUACUUCCACGAAUACAUCGUCCGCUGCUCCCACUUUACAGGGUACUCAGAUAACCGCGUUUAUGCAGACAGUAAUGCAGUCUGUAAAUCCUAACCAGAUAGUGCAGCUACAAGGCUUACUUCGACAACAACAGUCGGGAAUACCGUUGAGUUCAGAGCAAAGGAGUGCGUUGCUUCAGCAGUUGAACACGUUACAUCAGUUGCUCAUGCCGAUACAGCCGCAAACAUCGGAUCAACUACAAAUGCUACAACAAUCACAACAACGGCAGUCAACCCAGACACAGCAGUUUAGUACCCAUUCGGUAGCAUCUAUUUCCAGACAACAGUCGCCGUCAAUCAAACCUAGAGAGAUUGUGCGUCACGACGUUCUUCUCGAGUUUAAAGAGAAUAGAUGUGAUAAAUGGUUGUUUCCCAAAAAUGCUAUUCUGGAGGCUAUCACAAUAUCUGAACCAUACGAGGCGAGUGCUACUUCGAUGUGUAUAUUAGUGUUGGCUAGCUUCUAUCUUCCAGAUGCUGCAGACAAGCCAAGUUCGCGGCAGAAGUGUCAGGCAGUCACAAUGCAAUUGUCUAAUCUCACGCAAGUCAUGUGGGAUGCAUUAAGGAAAUCAACAAACGACAUCUCUGCCGUCUACAAGUCUAUGGUUGAAAGAGCAACGCAUCAACCCAAUCGAGUAUACGUUCAAUACCGACUGCCUUGCGAUUACCCUGAAGAGCUUCUUGAGAGUUUUGCAAAUAGGGUAGCAAGGUUAGAUGGAAGAUUGAUCAUAGACACUGUAUCGGGAAUAACAAAGGGUGAGCGAAAGCGAAAGGCCGAUAAAGGAAAAGCUGACGCAAACGUAGAAGUCACCUCAAAAGACGAGAAGGGUAAAGGAAAACAGAGAGAGAGGGAAAAAGAGAAGAAUGAAGAGGAACAGUCGGAUAGUCCUGAACAGUCUCCCCCAAAGAAAAGGAAAAACUCUACAAAAGCAUCUGAAGUUCGAUCACCAAAGACAUCAAACACCCCCAAAAAAACCAAAUCUACGCAAGAAGCAAGCUCAUUGUCCCCUGCAAUAUCUCAGCCGCCCAGCCAUGCAUCAUCCAGUGGUAGUAAAAGAUGUGCAUAUUGUGGAAGCAAAACCACCCCAAUGUGGAGACGAGGACCAGACGGUGCUGGUACAUUAUGUAAUGCUUGUGGUGUAAAAUGGAAACAGGGCAAGAUAAUAGUAAAAGCUACUGGCGCAUCAGCAAACAAUACAAACAAUGAUGUACAAGCGCAACCACAGACGACCACCAAAUCUAGGAAACAAUCAGUAUCGGCUGGUUCCGCUUCUACCACGACGCUAAGGAAAAAGAGUGCACGAUCAUUGAGUGUAAGUGAAGGCGCGGCAUCGCAUACUGAUGAGGAUGAUGGUCGAGUCCAGAGUGGUAGCAGUACAGCUAGGCCAUCGGUUCAAAGAAGAAGGACGUCACUCAAGAGAGCUGUUUCUAAAGCCGAGUCUUCCGCAACGGCAACAAGCGGAGCAUUAUCGGCUGCUCAUUCAUCACUCCCAGCAAUUUUGGGAGGUGAUAUAGUGGAUUCACCGGAUACAAGUACACCUGAAAUUUUAAACAGUCCCUUGCGAUCGCCUGGCGAUCAGUACAGCAGCAAUACGUCUAUUCCGGCAGUAUCAUCUAUCAUUUCGCAACCACGUGUUCAGGCGAAUACUUCAAUGAUUUCGAUAUAUCCUCUUAAUCUAAAGUUGUUUUCCAUAUCGUUUGGUCCAAACAAUGCACAUUUCACGCAGCCGAAUUGUUCGGUAGCCCUGUACCAGGAAUACUUCAAAAUAAAAUUAAGCAAAGAAGGAUUCGAUAGGACAUCCAUCGAUAUUUGGAAAGAUACUAUUGAGGAUAUUCAAUAUUCAUCUGAGAUUGAUCCGGUCACAAGAUCACCCUUGUUGGUCUUUAAAGCAAACGUUGGACAAUAUUUAACAAGAUUUGAUCAAGAGCUUCUUAGUCCCGAUCGAAACGAGACGCUUGUCAUAUUUAAAUGUGUUAAUAUGCCAACCACAGGAGACAAUUCUGGAGCUAAUGAUCUUAAAAUAAUAUUGCAAAGUUGGUUUGUCAACCAGUCUUAG